AUGGCCCCUCAAGAACUCACAGGCAUCCUCGUCGCCCUCAUCACCCCCUUCAAGGCAGACGGCUCAGUAGACUAUGAAGCCCUCGACGCCCACAUCCAAUCCCAGAUCUCCGCCGGCGUCCACGGUUUCGUCCCCGGUGGCAGCACAGGCGAAUUCACCGCCCUAACCGUCCAAGAGCGCAAAGACGUUCUGACCCAGGUCAUCAAGUCCGCCGCCGGCCGCGUCCCUGUCGUCGCCGGUAUCGGUGACCUUACUACCGUUGGAGUUGUUGAUCUGGCUAAGCAUGCUGCUGAGGCUGGUGCUGCUGCCACUAUGAUUGUCCCACCUUUUUACGAUGCGCCUAGCUUGAAGCAGCUACGUGCUAUGUUUGACGAGAUUUACAAGGCUUCUGGCUUGCCCAUCAUGUUCUACAACAUUCCUAGUGCAAGCGGCGUUAGUCUUUCACCUGCUGAAAUCGCAGGAUUGUCAGAGGUUGGAGUCAAGUAUCUCAAGGACACAUCCGGCAACGCCCCCGCCCUCACAGACCUUCUCUUCCACCACCACAACGACAUCACAGCCCUCAACGGCUGGGACACACUGACCUUCUACGGUCUUUGCGCCGGCGCCAAGGGAUCAGUGUGGGGAACCACCAACAUUCUUCCCGAGCUGUCAGUUGAGCUUUGGAACGCUAUUGCCAGAGAUGGCGAUAUCAAGAAGGGACGGGAGCUGUGGAGCAAGAUUUUCCCCGUGUGCAAGUUUUUGGAGGCGCAUCACUAUGGUGCUGGUAUUAAGACUGGACUUGAGUUGAGGGGAUUCAAGACUGGUGGUUUGAGGAAGCCUUUUGAGUUGCUCGAGGGUGCUGAGAGGGAGGAGUUGGCCAAGCUUCUUAAGGAUGCUGGUGUCAAGUUGGCUUAA